AUGUCUUUCACGCGAGCUGUAUACAGAUCAAUUGCAUCUGGACUUGCGCCUACCAGAUAUACAGUCACAUCUCAUAUUACUCGAUUCAGGCAUAGACCACCACUUAUCCGGCCAGUUCUGCUGGGAAAUUCAUCUAUGAUCGGAUUCCUGUCUUCCUUUUUAAGCAGUUCUAGCUCCAGUGCAAGUUCAAAGAAUAUGGCAAACUACCCUGAAAAACGGACAGAUGCAGAAUGGCGCGCAGUUCUCUCGCCAGAGCAAUUUCGUAUUCUUCGCCAGAAAGGAACCGAACGCGCCUUCACCGGAGAAUAUGACAAGCAUAUGCCCGAGUCUGGCGUCUAUCAAUGUGCCGGUUGCUCUGCACCGCUAUACAAGGCUUCUCAUAAAUUCAAAUCAGGCUGCGGCUGGCCGGCAUACUUCGACUGCAUCCCCGGCUCAGUCAAACGUCUUGAAGAUCGAUCUUUUGGUAUUAGUAGAACGGAGAUUGUGUGCUCGAAUUGCGGAGGCCACCUGGGUCAUGUCUUCAAGGGAGAAGGGUACGAUACGCCGACUAAUGAGAGACACUGCGUGAACAGCAUUAGCUUGAAGUUCAACGAGGAUGAAGGGGCCGCGAAGGCAUCCAAAGAGAACAUAUAA